CCCGAAACAAAACUAAAUUCGUGGUGGCAUGCUCAACAACUGCACCGACCUUACAAAAAUCUCAUCAAAAUGGCUACUGGCUUGCUUUAAGAAAGUCUAAAUUGGCAAUUUUCUUUAUAAUUAAAUAAUAUGAAAUGGCGGUCACCGCAGAUUCAACCACCGGAGUUUCUGCAACCUACGACCGGUACCAAGAAAUCAGAUCCUUUGAUGAAUCAAAAUGCGGUGUCAAAGGCCUCGUCGAUGCUGGCAUCACCAAGGUGCCGCGAUUUUUCAUCCGGCCACCGGAGGAUAUUGCCGCGGAUGACAUAAAUACCGGCGAAUGGAUCAAUACCCAGUUCACCAUUCCUGUCAUAGACCUUAAAAACAUGGACAGUCGAAGAGCUGAGGCGGUGGCCGGAGUCAAGCGGGCAGCAGAGGAGGUGGGUUUCUUCCAGGUGGUGAACCAUGGUAUGGAAAAUAGGGUGUUGGAGGAGAUGUUGGAGGCGGUGCGCGGGUUCCACGAGCAGCCAAGGGAGGUAAAGGAGGAGUACUAUAGCAGAGAGAUGACGAGGAAGGUGAAGUAUGUUAGUAAUUUUGAUUUGUACAAGUCAAAGUAUGCUAAUUGGAGGGAUACUCUGUUUUGUGUUAUGGGACCUGACCCACUUGAUCCACAAGAGUUGCCUCUGGUUUCCAGAGAUAUAAUGAUGGAGUACUCGAACAAAGUUUGCAAAUUAGCAACAGUUUUGUUUGAGUUACUAUCUGAGGCACUUGGACUCAAGUCUGACCACCUCAAAGAGAUGGAUUGUGUGAAAGGACAUGCUCUGCUGAGUCACUAUUAUCCAGCAUGUCCGGAGCCCGAGUUGGCUAUGGGCACCACGAAGCACUCUGACCCUGAUUUCCUCACCAUCCUACUUCAAGACGAUAUCGGUGGACUCCAAAUUUUUCAUCAGAAUCAUUGGAUAGAUGUUCCUCCUGUUCAUGGAGCUCUAGUAGUGAACAUUGGAGAUCUUUUACAGCUUAUAUCUAAUGACAAGUUCAAAAGUGUAGAGCACAGGGUGGUGGCCAAUCAUAUUGGCCCUAGAGUAUCCGUGGCUUCCUUUUUCACUCCGCAUCUUUAUCCAUCAACAAGACUGUAUGGCCCAAUCAAGGAAUUGCUGUCAGAAGAAAAUCCCCCCAUUUACUGUGAAAUCACUGUGAAAGACUUUAUCGCCUAUUAUGAUUCAAAAGGAUUGGAUGGGAAUUCUGCACUUCCACACUUCAAGGUGUGAUGGUAGCCACAGAAAUACAAGAAGAUUGGCAGCUCCUUUUAUGGUUCUCAUUGAAUGUUCAUUUACAGUGUCUUUAUCAUGAAUGGAAAACCUCUAAGAAUACAAGUAUGCUGUGAGCUUUUUGUGUACUGUUUUAGCAUCCUUUUCUGCAUAGAGAUCAAUUCUGCGUUCUGGCAGAAGCCAUAUUUUUGGUUUGUCUCUUGUGGGAAUUGGGAUAUGAGUAGGGGAUAUAGUAUAUUUUUCUAGAAUCUGGGCUUCCCUUGUUGCAUGCACUUGAACAGGGGAUAAGUCAUUUGUUUGACUUUCACAGAAUAUUUUAAAAUACAAUUAAGCCUCGAAUGAGGUUAGAUGUGCAA